AUGCGAAUCCCCACGAAAACAAUUGAGGACUUUGCUCCUCCCCCGUUACCUCCACCACAACGGAUCAAUGAUCUCGAAGAUGGACAUGAUGCGGGCUGGCUUCAUGCCAAUGGGAUGGGUCGACCUGAUGUCACCAAGCUAGCGCCCAUCAACCCAAGCUCAAGCUUGUUUGGAGGUCACCAUGCCCCAGAACCCAUUCCACGCAUUGAGCGCAUGUCAUUAGAUGAUCCAAUCGGUAGAUCAAGUGGUGGCUUUUCUCAGGCGAAAAUUGAGCUUUCCAGACGAGACGCCCCAAGCUUUCACACUUCAACCCAUUUCUCAGAACCAAUUCUACAAGGCGAACGCAACUUCUCCCGCAAAUGUGUGAUGAGCUCUUCGGAUAACUAUGAUCGACAUCUUUUGUCGAAGAUUGGCAAGCCUCAUUCUCCACCUCGUUCCUCGAGCAUACUAGGCAGCGAUCUCAGAAAUUCUAGCUUAGGAUCCAGUUUCCAUCCGUCUUCGCUAUAUGACUCGUCGUACAGCCUUGGAAAUUAUGCUGUCUCACCCGGUGGUCUUUCGCCAAGAUCAAAAACUUCGUGGAGAGAUCCUUCAGAUUAUCGCAGCCCUAGUGUGGAAAGCAACGCACCAUCUACGAGCAUAGAUUAUGACAGUCUUCCCAUUCGCAGACGGACAGGAACCUUGACUCCCCAGUCAGAAGAUACUUUCUCUUUCUUCCCUCGCUCCGGCCGACAGUAUCAAGAGCAGGGUGUAUUCCCAGACGUCGAAUGCGAAGACGACCAUAUGAUGGAACAGAACCAUGGCGAUUAUAUGUCUGGACAACACGGAAUGAAACGAAGGGCUUCCUCACCCGCGCGGGGGCCUGUUCUUCACAAGGCACCAAGCAACGGCGAUCUCGCAUCGCGACGAACUAGCGCACACCACUUCACAAAUCAUGUUUCACCAAUUUCACGCCACCUACCAAGUCACAGUUCUAUAUCGUCCAUGUCUUCCGCUAGCUGGCGGACUUCCACAUCCCUUAGCUCUUCGGCUGGACUUUCAGCUUGUACAAGCGCGUCUUCGUAUGAUCACAUGUCCGCUGGAGGUCUUUCACCCAAGUCAGAAGGAGAUCAUUAUCACGAUAAAGCAGCCCUUAAUCAGCCCAGUCCUAAUGGGUCAGUCAGCGGGUUUUCUGCUUCGAAAGCGCCAUAUUACAUGGAAUCUAAGCCCGUAUCAAACCGGAAGAUUUCCUUACAGUCAGGCAUCAGCAGCUCGAAAGGCGCCAAUUCAAAAAUGGGAGGAUUAUAUAUUUGCGACUGUUGUCCGAAGAAACCUAAGAAGUUUGAAACUCAAGAGCUGCUCCGGUGUCACGAAUUGGAAAAACAAUACACAUGCCAGUACUGCAGCAAUCGAUUCAAGAACAAGAACGAAGCAGAACGUCACCAGAACUCUCUACAUUUGCGACGUCAUUCAUGGUCUUGUGCAGCGCUUUCGAACUUCCAAGCGGCAUUUCACCCAUCAACGUCACCUACGACACAAACAAGCGCGGGCCCUACGCAUGACACAUGUGGAUAUUGUGGCGAGGAGUUUCCUAACAACCCUGAACCAGAUUGGGAUCAGCGUUUUGAGCACCUGACUACCAUGCAUAAAUUUGGUGAAUGCAACAACGUGAAGAAGUUUUUCCGAGCAGACCACUUCCGACAACAUCUCAAGCAUAGCCAUGCAGGAACGCCUGGAAAAUGGACCAAUAUCCUCGAAAAUGCAUGUAUGAAGGAGGAACCCCAGGUGGAGUCGAGACUAGGAAGUAUCAGCGAAAAGGGCGGCAAGAGAUCCGAAAUGGGAGAUGCGCCCUUGACAUCAAGUACGAUUGAUGAAGUCAUGGACGAGUCUUAG